AUGCCAGACCCGUCCUCGUGUCCAGACGCUCCGCCGGACGAUGAUGAGCCGCCCGCGCUGUGGCCCAUUCUCCGGCCGCUGCUGCUGCCGUACUUUGCUCCGGGCUUGCUGCGAGCCGCAGGCCAGAUGACGCUCAACCCGUUUGUCGCUCUCUACGCGCGCGAGCUCGGCGCCACCGACUCGGGAGCCGGCGCCGCCGUGAGCAUGGUGUCGCUCGCCACAUUUUGCCUCUCGCCCGCCGCUGGCCUCGUCUCCUCGCGCCUCGGCUUGCGAUUAGCCAUGGGCCUCGGAGUCUGCGUGAACAUCUGCGCCGCACUCGUCGGUGCAGCGGCGGGGUCCUAUGACUGGCUCGUCGCGAGCCGGCUGCUGCAGGGCGUCGGCAACGUCCUCUUCCAGAUCUCACGCCAGACGUUCCUGACUGCGGUCGUCCCAAAGCCGGCGCGCGGCCGGGCAUCCGCUCUGCAGGCCUUCACGCUCAAGGCGGGCGGCGUGGUCGGCCCGACGAUCGGCGGG